CGCGCAUUCACGGCCGUGCACGACACUCAUUUAUUUAUACAUUGGUAAGACUUUCGCGUACGGACGACACGGCGUGGCGAGACCUGUAUCCAUCCAGCAGUGGAUUUAAUCGGCAGAGCACACGCAACGGGGUCCGUGCGAGGGGGGUACCCACCAGACCCCGCAGGGAAGACAACAGCGGCCGGGACACGGACCCCAGAGACGCCGACGGGGUCGUGGGGGGCAUGUGAGCCGUGGGACUCCGAUCGGGGGUCCAAUCUCCGCAGCCCUCGCCACCCUCCGAGGAUGUCGGCGGCCGCGGCUGCAGCGGAGCCGGCGAGGGAUGUCGUGGGAGGAGGAGGGGGUCCCUACGGCCAAGGGGACUCAGCCGAGGGGGGCCCCUUACCGCUCGAGGCCGUGCUCCGAGCCUACGAGCAGCCCAUCAACGAGGAGCAGGCGUGGGCCGUGUGCUUCCAAGCCUGCCGGGUCCUGGCCGCGACCCCCUCUGGCGGCGGCGAGGGGGCCCGCGACCCCGGCGGCGGCGGUGGCGCGGGGAGCUCGGCUCGACCCCGUCUGCACCUCGCGGGGCCCCACGGGGUGCUGCUGCACAGGGACGGUGCCGUGCAGUGCGUGCUGCAGCCUCGAGACCCUGCAACUGGAGAAACAACUGAACCCUGCUCGGCAGAGGUGGAGGUGGUGCGCUCGCUGGGCUUCGUCAUCUACAAGGCCCUGGACUGGGGCCUGGACGAGAACGAGGAGCGCGAGCUGAGCCAGCCGCUGGAGGAGCUCAUCGACUGGAUGACCAGCCUGGAGGACGUUGCGGCCAUUGACGACGAGGGCGGGGGAGGUGCGUUGCGCGACGAGGGCUACGACGGGCCCGACGAGGACGAGGAGGCCGGCGCCGGCAACGCCACCACCGCCGGCACCGGCACCGGCACCGCCGCCGGCACCACCGCCGCUGACGGCGGUAGCGGAGUGAGCCGUCCGGAAGGGCCGUUCCAGUCCGUCAUAAAGAUGUGCACGUCACACCUGCGGACGACUCGUGAAGCCCCGUCGCACUACCAGGCCGUGUGCCGCGCGCUCUACGCCGAGGCCAUGGAGCUGCGCACCUUCCUCGAGAAGAUCCAGAGCGCCAAGGAGGCGCUGAAGAAGAUGCAGGGCGGUGGUGGCGGCGGCGGCGACGGAAAUCAAGCUUCGCCCAACUCCUUCGAGCUCAACGAGCUGCAGCACCUGGACUGGGCGCGCCUGUGGGGCCAGGUGAUGCGCGAGCUCCGUCACGGCGUGAAGCUCAAAAAGGUGGCGGCCAUGCGUCCCUACAGCGGCCUGCCCAUCGAGUUCCAGUUCACGCCCUACGAGAUGCUCAUGGACGACAUCCGCGCCAAGCGAUACAACCUGCGCAAGGUCAUGGUAGGGGACAUGGUGAACGGAGACAUCCCCCAACGGGUGCGGAAGAGCGCGCACGACGUCAUCCUGGAGUUCAUCCGCUCGAGGCCGCCACUUAACCCCGUCGCGUUCCGGAAGCUCCGCGAGACCCCGGAGCGACCCCGCAGUCUCCACGAGCAGAUGCUCGACGAGAUCCGCAUGGACCGCAAGCUGCGGCCCGUCUCGCCCGUCCUGCCUCAGCCCUGCCGGACCGCCCUGAGACCGCUUAGCAUGUCACAGAGCUUUGACCUGGCAGACAUCGACACUCCGGACGGGCGCCGCGUCCGCAAGAAGAAGCUGCUGAAGGCGCCAACGCUGGCGGAGAUGGAGGCAGAGUUCGAGGAGGAGCAGGAGGAGGGCAACCUCGGCGACGCCGGGACACUCGACUACCUGGGCGACAUGUCGCCUUUCCUGCGCGACGCAGGGCCCCGGGACCGGCGCUCGCUGCACCUGAGCUUCAUGCCGGUGUCGUUGACGCCACAGCCGGAGCGCCGCUUGCCAGGCCCGCGGCGCCACUCCAUCGAAAAGGAGACGCCGACCACCACGGCGGCGCGAGAGUUCCCACGUCCCGUGCGCCAGGACUCGCGCUCGCUGUCCUCCCCCCCCGUGGCGGCUGUGGGGGGCCCGCUGCUGGCCAGCGGCCUGUGGAGGGCUCCCCCCCCCGUGGCGGCGAUGGGGGGGGCCCUGGGACUCUCCUCGUGGCCCCUGGAGGUCUCGCUGCUGUGUGCGGCCGGGUUGCUCUGCAAGGCCCUGCACUUGGUUUGUUCGGACGCCCCCCAGUGGGCUCCCCUGCAGGACGAGUUCAGCUUCCCGGUGGAGAGCCUCGCGCUCACGGUGGAGGAGGUGAUGCACAUCCGCCAGGUGCUGGUCAAGGCCGAGCUGGAGAAGUUCCAGCAGUACAAGGAGAUCUACACGGCGCUCAAGAAGGGCAAGAUGUGCUUCUGCUGCCGCUCGAAGCGAUUCUCGCUCUUCACCUGGGCCUACACCUGCCACUUCUGCAAGAGGCCUGUCUGCUCGCAGUGCUGCAAAAAGAUGCGUUUUCCCACCAAGCACAUCGGCCACAUCCCCAUCUACUCGCUGGGCGCCGCCGGCCUCUCCGGCGCCAGCAGCCCCACGGCGCCCCCCCCUGCAGCCUCCUCCUCCUCCCGCAGCACCCCCGCACCUCGCCGCACCGUGUCCAUGCGCGAGAGGGCGACACCCAGCCCCGCACUCGGUGGCAGCGGUGGCGGCGGGUGGCGGCGGCGGCGGCGGCGGGGGCGGCUGGGAGCCGGCGCUGCCGACGCGCAGCACAGCCGACUGGGCUGCGUGGACGUCUGCGUCGACUGCCGCCGCUUCGUCGCCGACAUCAUCCGCUCGAGCCGCAACCCCUUCCACGGCGACCGGCGGGCGCCCUGGCUGCGCCGCUACAAGACUCGCUCGCUGGAGCCCAGCGCCGACGCCCGGAAGUUGGCGGGCGGCGCUGGCGGCGGGGACGGGCUGGCGGCCGCCACGUCCGCGGCACCCCCCGGCGUGAACCGCGGGUUCCACCUGGCCGUGCCGCGCGAGACGCCCAUCAAGGAGGUGUAGGCGGCGCCGGGGGUUUGGUGUCGGCAAAGCGGAGAAAUCAAAGACGACGACGGUGACGAGUUCCGCCGAGAUUGAUGGACGCGGGACAACGCGGCCACUGCGGCCGUCGCCGGUCGAAGGAUCAAAAUGGACAAGCGGAGAAGCGAGCGGCGGUGGUGGUGGCGGCGGCGGUGGUGGCGGCGGUGGUGGCCGUGUCUGGUGGGCCACGGGGCCGUGGGAGGAUGGGGUGGGGGGCGGUAGUGCCACCUCCGCCGCCGUGGACGGAACUCGUGGGGACCGGCACGGACGGCCGCCACCGUGGCGCCCGCGGAGUGAGCGGCGCUGCCCGCCAGCGAGUGCGCACAAACUGCAAAGUGUGACAUGCGCGUGCGUGUGUUUGUCUGCAUGUAUGUGCAUGCGUGUGUGCGUGUGCGCGAGUUCCCUUGCGCUGGCCGCUCCAUCAGCAUGGCACUGCCCCUAUACUUGGUGCGCGCACGCACACGGACAAACACACACACACGCACACAAGAACAUACGGAAACUCACACGUGCACACACACACACGUAGAAACUCGUACGCACAGAUACACGCGCGUCCGCCGACACGCACAAACACACACACAGGGACAAGGACAAAGAUUCCCCGUAUAGCCUGAACAGACUUUUGGGGGAAGUGCUGAUAACGAGCACCUCUAUGAAGGCCAGCACGGCACACACACACACACGUACCCACACACACACACACACGUACCCACACACACACACACGUACCCACACACACACACACGUACCCACACACACACACGUACCCACACACACACGUACCCACACACACACACGUACCCACACACACACGUACCCACACACACACACGUACCCACACACACACGUACCCACACACACACACGUACCCACACACACACACGUACCCACACACACACGUACCCACACACACACGUACCCACACACCGAGACACUCAAUAACACACACACACGUACCCACACACAUGUACCCACACACACACUUACCCACACACACCGAGACACUCAAUAACACACACACGUACCCACACACACACGUACCCACACACACCGAGACACUCAAUAACACACACACGUACCCACACACACACACACACGUACCCACACACCGAGACACCCACACACACAGAUGCGCGAGUGAGCGCUGUGUGUAAAUCUGCACCGGACCGACAUGAGGAUGUUUAGGGGGUGCGGGUUUAGACCCGGCCCCCCCGCCCCCCCACCCCCCCGCCCCCCUGCCCCCCUGCCCCCCUCAUAUUUAUUUGUUGCGUGACGAGGCCGAGAGUGACCAGGCUGAGAGCGAGCGUCGGUGAUCUCGAGGUCAAGGAGCCCGACUCCGGGGUCAGGGUCGUGGAGCCCUGCUUGUGCGACGAGGUCGCUACCCCUCUGAUGAGGUCAGGAUGGUUGCCGUGUCUGAGGUCAGGGUUGUGACCCCAGUUUGAUUAGGUCAGGGGUUGUGGCCCCCUUUGUUUGUGUCGUGAGGUCAGAGGUCGUGACCCAGUCUCAACGAUGAGGUCAGGGUGUGUGUGUGUGUAAUUGUGUGUCAGUGUGUGUGUGUGACUGUGCGUGUUAUUGUGUGUGUGUCGCGGGGAGCGGUAGUGUAGCGGUUAGCGCGCUGCGCUACGAACCCGGCGACCCGGGUUCGAUUCCCGCUCACCGCCAACACCGGUGACGAUUAUCUGAACCGGUCCUGGGCCUCCCCUAGGUCGACUCAGCCUCAAAUGAGUACCUGGUGCGGUGUGUAAACAUCGCCACUGGGGAGACAAAGGCGGUCGGGCGUGGUGCAGGCCACCCCACCCCCUCGUGUACCGUUCCGGCCUUAAUAAGUGCUCGCUAACAGCACUUGCCCCUACAGUCUGUUAAGGCUAUACGGGGGGGAGCUUUGUAUUUUUGUGUGUGUCGCGGUGAGUGUAGCUGUGUAUGUGUGUGUGUCAGGGUGUGUGUGUCAGGGUGUGUGUGUCAGGGUGUGUGUCACCACAGCUGGUGUGUGCAUGAUGUGAGUCUUCCGUAGAGAUGGUGAGAAUGGUGAGCGUUUGUAUUUCUGGCCGCGUGAGAGAUUGCGUUUGUGUGCGAGGGAUUUGUGGGUCAGUGCGCAAGU